UACAAUUAACUGUUUAAUCACUCUUAAUUUAAAAAUAAUUCCCACAGAGAAAGAAAGUAAAGAAAAAACAUUGAAAAGCUCAGCUUUCUUUGGUUGAAUUUCAUUAACUGCUUCAGUCCAAGUCCCAACCAAGUACUUGCUGCUCAUUUUCGUGUAUGUAUUGCUAUUUGUGGAGUUGGAAUUAUGAUGUGCAUUUUUUGGGAUUGAUCUGCUCAUGUGCAGAUAGAAGCGGCAGAAGAUCCAAAAAUUAGGUUAAUGCCAUUGCAUCAUCUGGUAACAUGUGUUUUUUUGUAUUUAGUCUUGAAUCAGCAGUUUGACUUGAGCGAUACCGAUUAUUCAUGUGUUUGAGGAUUCGAUGAUUCGGUGAGAUUUUGUAAAUGCGAUUUCUGGAGCAUCAGUGUAGAAACCAGGAAUUUAGAGUGAGAGGGUUUUGGGGCUUUGAGAUAUGGAAUCGAAAAUGGAUCAGUAUGAGCUAAUGGAGCAAAUUGGCCGUGGAGCUUUUGGGGCUGCCAUUUUAGUCAAUCACAAAUUGGAAAGGAAAAAGUAUGUGCUCAAGAAGAUUCGGUUAGCUCGCCAAACGGAGCGUUGCCGGAGAUCAGCACAUCAAGAGAUGGCUUUAAUUGCACGGAUACAACAUCCGUAUAUUGUUGAGUAUAAGGAAGCUUGGGUAGAGAAGGGUUGUUAUGUCUGCAUUGUUACUGGCUACUGUGAGGGUGGUGACAUGGCUGAAUUGAUGAAAAAAUCCAAUGGACAGUACUUCCCGGAGGAGAAACUGUUGAAGUGGUUUGCUCAACUAUUAUUGGCGGUUGAGUAUCUGCACUCCAACUAUGUUCUGCAUCGGGAUCUUAAGUGCUCAAAUAUUUUUCUUACCAAAGAUCAAGGUGUUCGUUUAGGUGAUUUUGGGCUCGCUAAAACUUUGAAGGCAGAUGACUUGGCUUCUUCAGUAGUUGGAACUCCCAAUUACAUGUGUCCUGAACUUCUGGCUGACAUUCCGUAUGGAUUUAAGUCUGAUAUUUGGUCUCUUGGUUGCUGUAUGUAUGAAAUGGCUGCUCAUCGCCCUGCUUUCAAGGCUUUUGAUAUGGCCGGACUAAUAAGCAAGAUUAAUCGAUCAUCGAUUGGCCCAUUGCCUUCUUGCUACUCCCCAUCCUUGAAAAUGCUAAUCAAGAGCAUGCUAAGAAAAAACCCGGAACAUCGGUCAAGUGCGUCAGAACUUCUGAAACAUCCAUAUCUACAGCCUUACGUGGAUCAAUACCGCCCAUCCUAUAAACCGAUUGCUGCUAUUACGCUUGAGAAACCUCCUCCCACUGCCCGUGUAAGUCGAAGGAACAUGGCUGAGAGCCAAGGUAGUAGCAGUUCAUGCAGUGACAGAGACAGCUUAGUCUCAAGCGAGAAGAACAUAGUGAACCGUGGUCAUAAGUCCCCUGAUAUGGAGACAGCUUUAGUUGAUGAAGAUGUUAAAUGCAGGUCACUGUCAAAGACGGAGGAGGGCCCACAAAUUAUGGACUCGUUGUCCGUAAAUACCAAGGAACAUGAUGUCGGCAAGCCACUGCAUGACGAACAGAGAAAUAGCAGUGAAACGAAGCAGCCCAAAACAAUUAAAAAUAUUAUGGUGUCUCUCAAAGAAGGAAAAAGCAGAGAAAAUAAUUCUCCACUUAGAAGCCACCAUUCGAAAUCGAGCUGUGGUAGCAACCAGAGAACGGUUACCGAAGCAUCUCCAAGAGUUUCAAAACAACCGAAUCUCGUUAAUUAUGGUCCGAAGGGUAAUGCAGAAGCCCCAGAAAGAACAAACACUGAUUCUAAUAAACGAGUACAAGGAACGCCUUCCUUGAAGCAUCAGUUACCUGUUGUGGAAACCCCUCCGAAGACGAAGGCUAGACGUGAAGGUAUCCCUCCCUCUGGUCUCAUAAAGCCCAUUGCUGAAGAAGGAUUUUCAACGAGGACAAGACAGAAAACACCUCCUACUCUGUCUAGGAGACCCUCAUUUCCUGCACGAAUCCGGCAAGUACAGCGUGAUAUUCCUAAUUGCAUAAAUGAUAUUACGAAGACUGGUCCUAAUGAUGUUCAAGAUCCUGAAAUCAUGAAAUCAGUGCAUAAUGGCUGUGCUUCACAUAAUUUGAGGGAAAACACACAGAACCCAAAAAGGUCUUUAUCUGCAGGUUCUAGGAGAAUGCAAACAGAGAGCAGCAACUCAGCAUCUUCAUCAGUAUCUAUCCAAGGUUUCGAGAUCUCUGACGAUGUGAUGAAUCCGUUUAUUAGCUCAUCGGAAGAGUUUCAUCACAGUCCUGAGCAAGCUACAAUAUAUGAAAUUAUUGACUCACCUUUCCCCCCAGAAAGGACAGGAAAUUGCUUUGGGGAUCAUCUUGAGGCUAACUGCCAAACUAGAAUACAACAAGCCGUAGAAGUUGAAAUAAACGAAUCGCGACCCAGCUGUUCCACUCGCUCCUCAUCUCAAUCUGAAGGAGCGGAAAAUCUAUCACCUGGAUGCUGUGGGAGUGACUAUGCAUCUAAAGUUUGCUCCUCUGGAAAACUACAAGAACGGUCGGAUGAUAAGCUUAUGAAUGUAAAAAAUGCUGAUAAACUUAUGAAUGUCAACAAUGCUCGCGAUGAAAGAACAAGCUCUACGGCAAAUAUGGAGGUUUCGUUUUGCAUCACUGAAGAUAUACCUUUGGGUGGAGAAGAUGCUACAACCAUCAGUAGGCCUGAUCCUGUGACCAAGCCGGACCUCACCUCACCAUCAAGCAUUGAUGACAAGGUCAUGAUCAAGAAACUCGUUUCUUCUGUUGACCCUUCCAUUUUACCGAACCAGAAGAGUUCGUUGCCAGACAGAGGAUUACUGGAGCAAAAUGCAGUUAAUGAAAUGCCGGUUUUAGCCAUUACCCCAACUGCUCCAAAUAAAGUGAUGCAUGUGAUAUCUCAUAGCAACAUCCAAGCUACGAUUGAGCAUCUUGUGGCACAAAACACCGAACGAGAUCUGGAUGCUGGAAAAACAAUAGAUGUUGCCAGAGAUGAGGUUGUUUUAAAAGAUUCACCUUCUUCUUCUACUCCACAGCCAUCCACAGCUUCUAAAACUCUAACUUCGGAAUCUACAUGCUCUCAGAAUGCCACUCCUACUUCAAAUCUCUUUGAAAACCCUGUCACCAAGGAAGUAGAUGUAACAACUACAACUGACAACCCUGUGGCUGCAAUGUCGGACCCUUCUGAAUCCAGUCCAACGAAGACAAACCCUCCUCCAGCUCGAGAAGAAGCAUCACCUCCCAUGAAGGAAACUUUAGAUGUCAAUUCCUUCAGGCAAAGAGCAGAGGCACUUGAGGGACUGCUGGAACUGUCUGCUGACUUACUUCAGCAGAAUCGGCUUGAAGAGCUCACGGUUGUGCUGAAACCAUUUGGAAGGGAGAAGGUGUCUCCGAGGGAUACAGCAAUCUGGCUGGCUAGAAGUCUGAAAGGGAUGAUGCUGGAGGAGGGUGGACGCAAUUUGUAAAUGCCGGUAUAUCUAUUCUUUGUCUUCUUGAUCAUUAGUUGAGGUUUACAGGGGGUAUAUAAUUGGGAGCCUUUCUCUCGACAUCUAAAGCCUUUGCAAUUUUUACUUUUCUAUUGGUUCUUUAUUUUCUAUUAUUGUAAUGCAAUGCGUAUUGUAUAUAAUGUUGCAGCUGAAUACAGAUUUUUUCUAUGUAAAAACAUAAUGCUUAACUAAGCAGUGUGAGAUUCUUGGAUAAUCUUCUGCUUCAAUGGUAGUAUAUGGGAUUCGGCUGGAUCCUGGAUGCUACUUAUCCAAUUCUAUUCUGUUAGUUUGUAACAUUAUUACUCUAUAAGAUUUGGUUGAUACCCAGCUUAUAACAUUCAUUUGUAUUCUUGUUUA